AGUUGUGGACUGGGACGUUUCUAUUCAGACAAAACGAAUGCCGAUGGCGAGAUUUUCACUUUAGUUUAAGGUACACAUCAUGUUUCAACUUGAUUAUUUUUAUAACUCACAUCAAGGUCGACUUAAAGAUGUUCAGAGUAUUGAUCGUGGGAGCUGGCCCUACUGGGGCGUUGCUGGCUAAUGCACUCCGACAAGAACUCCAGCAAAAAGUUACCAUCGUCAUGUGGGAUAAAUCUAGAGGCACAGGAGGCAGAAUGAGUACAAGUAGGUCACCUGAUGAUUCCAGCUGCAUUGCUGAUCUUGGAGCUCAAUAUCUGACUGUUACACCAGAAUAUGCUUCUAAACACUCUAGGUAUUACAAGGACUUACUGGAGGCUGGAUUAAUCCAUUCUCUCUCUGGCAAGAUUGAAGGAAUCAAAGGGAAAUACUUCAACCCGGAGACCAAGAACUAUGUCACACCUAAAGGGAUAAGCUCCAUUGUUAAACACUUUAUCAAAAAAUCAGGAGCUUCCUUGCAAGUUGACCAUCAUCUAUCCAGAGUGGACGUUGAGGAGGAAUCGGUAGGCAAACCCAAACUCUCCGUCUCUGCGGCAACUGCUUCUCAAACAGAUAGUGGAUAUGAUGCUGUAGUCUUGACCAUGCCAGUCCCACAGAUUCUAAAACAACAGGGAUUCACUCAGCAGUGUCUAGAAAAGGACAGUGGACUGUUUGAGGAUCUUAAAGCGGUUCAGUAUUCAUCUCGCUUUGCCCUUGGUCUGUUCUACCCUCCUGGUGUUACUAUAGAUGUUCCUUAUGUAGGAAAGUAUGUAGACGGUAACCCCUGCAUCCGAUGGGUCUCUGUCGAUAACGAGAAAAGAGGAGUGGAUGGGAAGACGCACGGGCCGUCUGUUGUCGUCCACACGAGUGUACCGUUUGGUAUUAAACACAUAGAUAUGGCCAAGUCUGAUGUUCAACCAAUCAUCAUGAACCAUCUCAAUGAUGUCAUACCUAACCUACCAGAGCCAAGCAGUAUUAAGUGUGUAGGCUGGAGAUACUCUCAGGUCAGUAAACCUCUGGCAGGGGCUCCAGGUCACGUGACCAUAGCUGAGCAUCCAAGCUACCUGCUGUUAGCCGCUGGGGAUGGAUUCAGUCAUUCCAACUUUGAUGGCUGCAUCGCGUCUGCUGAGAGUGCGCUUGCCAGGCUCCUGGAAUUCCACAAGAAAACUUCACAGUUAUAGCAAUAGUUAUACCUAAAUGCAGUUUAUAUAAAUUGUGUAAAUCAACCCUCCGUCUCAAUAGCUAAAGAUAAAACAUCACUAAAACUUGUGAACUGUAGCACCUUCUCCAAAUUUUAUCAGAGCUGCCAACCAUUCUUAUCUCGGAGGAUUGAUCCUAUUUUUCAGCUCUCAAAGUUAUGUUUCUAACCCUACAUACCUUUUUUCCUGAAAACUUCUGCAUAAAACAUCCACAAUGCAUUGUAUUCAUAAUUUUGCUUUGAGGAAGGCCAAUUUCUAAUCAUCUAAUCAUUGUAUGUUUCCCUACCAUUGCAGAAUAAUUGAUAUGGUCUCUUCAAGUAUGUAGAGGUUUGAAAAUUAUUCCUUGCUGAUUUUGGAAGAGAUAGAAAUACACCUUGCCAGCAAGACUAGGUGUAUAUGAUUGUAAAAUGACUGAUCGUGAAUUGAUUUCAAUAGAAGUGGAUUUAUUGAUUUAUCUAAAUUCUAUUAGUGUAUAUGUAAAAAAAAUUCUUCUUCCAUUGGUUUAAUGAUAGCAAAUGACGUGUUAAUAAUAUUAGAUUUCAUUCAAUGAUAUCUAAGUCAGUUAUCUUUGGGUUGAAACCGGUUGAUGUCGAUCCCUGUUGUUUGGAGGAAGGAUUUUAUGUCAGUCCCAACACUGUCUGAUCCAACUGAGGCUGUAGACUAAUGUUGGCUGUGCAUCAUUCCACUGUGCUAAUUGAUCCAUUUGGUUCAAAGGAAUUGAUGCCAUGUGCAGCUAACAAUGCGGAAAAGACAGUAUACGCACAAAGAUCAGUCAAAACAGUGUUCUAUAUACCAUGCACAUUCUUUGUUUUGUGAAGAUUCAAAGAUUUGCUCUGCUAGUGUUCCAUCAGUAUUGACUUCUCUGUUUGUUCUAGGUCUUUAUUGCCUUGUAUCAUGGAGUUUAUGUGUAGAUUGAGUCGGCAUCUGAAAGUCCUUGAUAGGCCACUUUUGAAAUGUAAUUAAAUUUAAUGCAUAUGUCUUUGUUAAAGGCAUCGUUUAACAAUAUUUAAUCUGAGAUGCAUGGCCCUACGUGUUAUCAGUGUCUG